GAAUCGCUGUCUUGUUCAUUAUGACACCUGCUGAAUGAAGGAAGCAUUCUUAAGGUAAAGACGUGAUGAAAAGUUGACAACAUUGUCGUCGUCAUCACGCCAAAUGCAACUUCGACACACUGCCAGCAGCCAGGAAGCAGCGACGUUGAACAUCCAAUUUUAGGGAAACUGCUACCUGAGGGCUACGGCCACUUGGUAUGCACCUAUGAGGAGAGUGGAGAAGGUAAAUUUAGGGCCCAAAUUAAAUGAAGAAUUACCUCCGAAGAUGAGGUACACAAAUGGUUGAAAGACUUUGAAACAUCCUCCCAGCUAACUCGGAGGAAGCUUAGAACUUAUCCAAACACUGGAUGUCAGAACGCCUUCAGGUGAAUGAGAGCAGAAGAGGGAGGGGCUUCCGAGUGUGUGUGCGCGUACCUGAGGCUCCUUCUCGUGACGUCAUCGUCGUUCGUCCUCGCGCCCGUAAACUGCUCCGUGAAGAAGUGAGUGCUUGGAGGAGGAGCUGUCAAAGUUGGGAGUGUGGAGAGAAAAAGGAAAGGAGAAGAAGGAGAAAAUUAGUAGCGCGUCUUUCUGGUCGUCCAAGAAUUAGAGAACCUCGGCGCUUGUCCUCGGUAACGUUGUCCCGAAAACGAUGGCCGUCCGCCCGCUGGACUGGCGGAUGACGCUCACCUCUCUGCUCUGCCUGGGCUGCUCGGUGCUGGCCGACAAGAAAGUGUGCCAAGGCAUCACCAACCGUUUAAACCUGCUGGGCUCCAAAGAGGACCACUACCUAAACAUGGUGAAGACCUACAGCAACUGCACUGUGGUUCUGGAAAACCUGGAGGUCACAUACAUGGAGGAGAACCGCGACCUGUCCUUCCUCAGGACGAUAGAAGAAGUGGGUGGCUACGUCCUCAUCGCCCUCAACACGGCCUCCGAGAUUCCGUUGGACAACCUGCGAAUUAUCCGUGGUCACUCACUGUACGAGGGAGGUUUCGCCCUCACUGUGCUGGCUAAUAAUGACAAAGCCACAGGUCAGGGAACCAGAAAGCUUCUUCUCAAUAGCCUGACAGAAAUACUCAAAGGAGGUGUGAAGUUUGGGAAGAACCAGCUGUGCAACGUGGAGACCAUUCAGUGGUACGACAUUGUAAAUGUGGACAAUAAACCCAAAAUGGAGCUGCCGACAGCCAGCAACAACCAGCUUUGUCAAAAAUGUAACUCGAGCUGCUUUAACGGAUCCUGUUGGGCACCUGGGCCAGAAGACUGUCAGACUUUCACCAAGCUGAACUGUGCACAGCAGUGCUCCAAAAGGUGCAGAGGACCUUCACCCAGUGACUGCUGCAACGAGCACUGUGCUGCAGGGUGCACGGGACCCCGGCCCACCGACUGUCUGGCCUGUCGGGACUUUCAGGACGACGGGGUGUGCAAGGACUCCUGUCCGGGCCUCAUGCGCUACGACCCCAACCUGCACCAGCUGGUCCCCAACCCGCACGGAAAGUACAACUUCGGCGCAACCUGUGUCAAGAGCUGCCCACAUAACUACGUCGUGACAGACCACGGUGCGUGCGUAAGGGCCUGCAGCGGCAACACUUACGAGGUGGAGGAGGGCGGGAUCAGGAAGUGUGCCAAGUGUGAUGGACUGUGCCCUAAAGUGUGCAAUGGACUGGGCACAGGCCACCUGACACACACCCUGUCCAUCAAUGCCACCAACAUUGAUUCGUUCAAAAACUGCACCAAAAUAAAUGGCAACAUCGCUUUAAUUCACACGUCUAUUCACGGAGAUACGUACACCAAAACACCAAAGAUGGACCCCGCCCAGCUGGACGUGUUUAAGACAGUAAAAGAAAUAACAGGAUACCUGUGGAUCCAAACAUGGCCGACGAGCAUUAACUCCCUCAGUCCAUUCGACAACCUGGAGAUCAUUCGAGGACGAACCAAGCGAGGAAGCCGCAGUGUGGUGAUGACUCAGCUGGACAUCAGCUACUUGGGGCUGCGAUCACUUAAAGAAAUCAGCGACGGAGAUGUGGUCAUCAUUAAGAACAAGAACCUUUGCUACACCAACAGUAGCCACUGGAAGGGGCUCUUUAAAUCCGAGACCCAGGCUGCUAUUGUGGACGAAAAUGCUGACGUGGAUACAUGUGCUCAGAGAAACGAUACUUGUGAUCGGAAGUGCACCGCAAAAGGAUGCUGGGGACCUGGCCCUGACAUGUGUUUUGCCUGCCGGGACUUCAGUCGUGACAGGAGCUGUGUGGACUCCUGCAACAUCCUGGAGGGGGAACCACGCGAGGCUGUCGAGAAGAAGAAGUGCGUGUAUUGUCACCCGGAGUGUCAACAUAUAAACGGAACAGCAACCUGCAGCGCUCCAGGUCCUGCCAACUGCACCAAGUGCGCCAACUUCAGGGAUGGACUCUUCUGCGUCGCCCGCUGUCCUCAAGGUGUGCCAGGCGAGGCUGACGCUCUUGUGUGGAAAUAUGCUGACGACUUGAAAAUGUGCCAGCUGUGUCACCCCAACUGCACCCAAGGGUGCAUGGGGCCUGGUCUCCAAGGCUGCCAGGGGAAAAUCACUUCGGGCCUGUCCAUGAUUGCUGCGGGUGUGGUCGGCGGCCUUCUUGCGGUCCUCAUCGCAGCCCUGUCGGUGUUUGUAAUCCUACGUCGACGCCACAUCAAGAGGAAGAGGACCAUGCGCAGACUUCUUCAGGAGAAGGAGUUGGUUGAACCUCUGACUCCAAGCGGCGAGGCACCCAACCAAGCACUACUGCGCAUCUUGAAGGAACCCGAAUUCAGGAAAAUCAAAGUGCUGGGAUCAGGGGCUUUUGGUACAGUUUACAAGGGCCUUUGGGUACCAGAGGGAGAGGAUGUGAAGAUCCCUGUGGCCAUUAAGGUAUUGAGAGAAGCCAAGUCGCCCAAAGCCAACAAAGAGAUUUUGGAUGAGGCGUAUGUGAUGGCCAGUGUGGAGCAUCCGCACGUAUGCCGCCUACUGGGCAUCUGCCUGACGUCCACGGUCCAGCUCGUCACCCAGCUGAUGCCCUUCGGCUGCCUGCUGGACUACGUCAAGGAGAACAAGGACAACAUCGGAUCGCAGUACCUGCUCAACUGGUGCGUGCAGAUUGCAAAGGGUAUGAACUACCUGGAGGAACGCCAUUUGGUCCACCGUGACUUGGCGGCCAGAAACGUCCUCGUGAAGACCCCUCAGCAUGUCAAGAUCACCGACUUUGGCCUGGCCAAGCUGCUUAACGCAGACGAGAAAGAGUACCACGCUGACGGAGGAAAGGUACCCAUUAAGUGGAUGGCUCUGGAGUCUAUUCUGAACAGAACAUACACACACCAGAGUGAUGUAUGGAGCUACGGUGUGACCGUGUGGGAGCUGAUGACAUUCGGGACCAAACCGUACGACGGCAUUCCGGCCAGUAAAAUAGCCGGCGUGCUGGAGAAAGGCGAGCGGCUGCCUCAGCCUCCAGUCUGCACUAUUGACGUCUAUAUGAUCAUGGUCAAAUGUUGGAUGAUCGAUGCAGACAGCCGACCACGGUUCAGAGAACUAAUAGCAGAGUUCACAAAAAUGGCACGGGAUCCUCCUCGUUAUCUCGUUAUCCAGGACGAUGAGAGCAUGGACUUGCAGAAUCCUGCCGACAAUAACUUCUUCCGCAGACUGGUCAGCGGCGAGGACAUGGAGGACGCUGUCGACGCCGACGAGUACCUCGUGCCGCAGCACGGAUUCUUCGCCAGCCCGAGCACAUCUCAAACGCCGCUGCUCCACUCUACUAAUGGAUUACCCAGCAGAGGCGGAAGCAUAUUGCUUCGGUAUAUCCCAGACCCCACAGAUCAACUUUUAGACGAUGCAUUCCUGCCUGCUCCAGACUACAUGAACCAAAAAAACACAUUGUCAGACAUGAUGAACCCUGUCUACCAGCAACCCGGUCCUCCCCGCGGCCUACUCCCUACCAUCUCCUCAGACGACACAGAGUCUGAGUACCUGAACUGCUUCAAGAACAGGCCCAACGGACCCGAGUACCUCAAUGAAUUUCCAUCCGCCGUCGUGGCCCCGAUUACUUCAAACGGAGCACUUGUACACAAAUACAAGCCGCAGAACAGCAUAGACAACCCCGAUUACCAGCACAGUUUCACGCCCACCUUUAAGACCCACACCAACGGACACGUGCCGGCAGCAGAGAACGCAGAGUACUUGGGCCCGGACUGACGGACCCCACCUAGAGCGGAGAACUGAAUGGAGAACAUUUCCUUUUGUGGUGCCAGCAGUUAUCAGCUGGGUUGUUUUUUCUUCUUCAAACCAAACACACACCACAACCUGAAAGACCCAUGUGUGGAAGUGAAAACCUCCCGUGACUUUGUGGGGAGAAGACGGGAAGGAAGGAAGGCGAAAGCAUCCAAAAAGCGGAACUGAAAUCAGAAGGUCACGCCAAAAUCGACUUUGGUGUCACCUCCUACAAACGAGUGUGACCGUGAGCCCUUCCGCUUCUCUGCAGCUGACCAUGAGCUCAAAAGUAUCCUGUGUUGGAUUGACUUCCUGGAUGAGGACGCAAGAUACCGAAUGUGUGAGCAUUCAAUAUUCAAGGGGGAAACUGGUGAACUGCGUCCAAACAUGUCACAUUUAUACUUUAAAGAAUGAAGAAUAAGUUCCAAACGCUGCUUGUUGGUCUUUGGUGCAGUUCGCUUAGCGUUCAGAGUGAGAUUUUUGUCAUGGGACAAAAGGCUGUGCCGAAAACAUAAAGGACCUGGUUGGGCAGCUUUUGUGACAUCUGAAAUAACUCAAAUAUUCCAAACUAAAAUGCUCUGCUGGGUUGAGUAUGUAGUUUAUUUUUAUAAUCGGUAACACUUUAUAAUAAGUACACACUAUUUAAAGCAUUAGUAAAUACUUAUGUCAUCAUUUAUAAAGCAUAUUUCCUACAUGAAUACUCAUUAGAAUGCAGUUAAUAAACACGGUUACAAGUUUCUGUUAUGAAUACUCAUUAAAUUGUUUUACUCAUUGUUUAUAAGCCCUUCUAUAUAUGUGUAUUUCCUGUAAAAUGUGGCAUUUUUGUACAUAAACAAAUGUUUUCUAUAUUUACAAACUAGUAAUUUAGGUAUUGUCAAUGGUUGUUAGAUCAGUGUAUGUAAAUGUUGAAUAAUCUACUAAAUCUACUAUGCUUUUAUAUAUAUUUAUAUGUACAGUAUAGGCCAAAUGUUUGGACACACCUUCUCAUUCAAUGCGUUUUCUUUAUUUUCAUGACUAUUUACAUUGUAGAUUGUCACUGAAGGCAUCCAAACUAUGAAUGAACACAUGUGGAGUUAUGUACUUAACAAAAAAAGGCGAAAUAACUGAAAACAUGUUUUGUAUUCUAGUUUCUUCAAAAUAGCCACCCUUUGCUCUGAUACUAUUUUGCACACUCUUGGCAUUCUCUCAAAGAGCUUCAAGAGGUAGCCACUUGAAAGGGUUUUCACUUCACAGGUGUCAUAGUUUUGAUGCCUUCGGUGACAAUCUACGAUGUAAACAGUCAUGAAAAUAAAGAAAACCCAUUGAAAUGAGGAGGUGUGUCCAAACUUUUGGUCUGUACUGUAUAUAUGUGUGAUACUAUUAACUAAUAGUUGACAUAUAACUGUGUGUAUUCAUGUUGGAAAUAUGCUUUAUAGAUGAUGAAUUCAGUAUUCAUUCAUGCUUAAUAGUGUGUACUUAUUAUAAAGUGUUACCUUAUAAUCUGCUAUGUUUACUAUCUUAAAUUUCAUAAAAAGCGUGGGUGUGAUACAUGACGGUCAUCUAUGUUUAUGUUAGAGCAAGUCAAAACAAGUCAAAACUUUCAAACACGUUCCUCUUUUUGUGAAACAAAUUCCAGGUUAUGUGUUUGAACAUGUACACAAACGUAGUGAUGGUACAUCAUAUUUUGUGUUCAGUAGUUCUCCCAGGCUGUAUUAGCUCCCAGUGGUUCCUCCAUGCAAGAGUGUUAAUAUCCCUAGUUUUAAAGGAAUGCACUUAUGUAGCAACCUGUUGAUUUUUUUGCAGAUGUGACACAGGUAUGUACAGGUAUGUAACAAUAAUGCUGUGAUAGAUGAUAUAUAGUCCGCUGUAAUCUAUAUAAAUAUAUGCGACGCUUAUAUGCGACCUAUUCCUCGAUUGUGAUCAUUUAAAAGUAUACAUGAAUAAAUGUUUUCUAUGGAAAUAAA